AUGCCCCGCCGGGUAGUUGCGCUGGGACGGUCCUGUCUCGAGUGCCGCCGGCGCAAGGUCAAAUGCGACCGAUCCUUGCCAUGUGCAUACUGCGUUCGAAUGAAGAUUCAAUGCACAUGCCCUCAUCCCAAGCCAGACAAGAAUGUCGAUCAUGUAGAUAGAGACCUUGUGGCCCGAUCUUUUCCUUUCAGAUUAGCCCCUUCACCGCCGCUAGGGUCCAUUCAUCCUCCUUCAGCCGUCAUUGCAUUCAUUUGGCAGACAUACCUAGACGUGGUAGAUCCUGUGAUAAAGGUUUUCCAUGUCUCGACCGUGCAAAGACAGGUCUUAAGUGUCAUUCAACGCCGCUUGAACCUUGAUGCUCCUACAGAAUGCUUGAUGUUUGCAAUUUAUUAUUCUACCGUAGUGACAAUGUCGGGGGUAGAGUGCCGUAGUGAGCUCCAUGAGGGAAAGACAGUUUUAUUGAGGCGAUAUCGAACGGGAGUCGAGCAUGCCCUUGGGCAGGCGAACUUCCUCAGGUCGCUAGAUAUGACAGUCCUGCAGGCAUUUGUUCUCUAUCUGAUUUGUGGCAGGCGAGACGAGAAUGGACCCGACGUGAGCAUGCUUGUCGGGCUUGCUAUUGGGACUGCCAUGAGGAUGGGUCUCCAUUGCGAUGGAGCCAGCUUGGGUCUAUCUCCUUUCGAGGUGGAAAUGCGCCGCCGGCUUUGGUGGCAGAUUUACACUUUGGAUGUUCGAAUGGCAGAGGACCAUAGCUCAGAGCCAAGCAUUCUCGAAUCAACUUUCAAUACCGAGUUGCCGUCGAACGUCGGCGACGCCGGUUUGAACCCCGAUAUGAGCAAGCUGCCUCAAGUCCAACCAGGAAGAACCGAGAUGACAUUUACACUCGUCCGAAUGAUGUUCUCGGAAAGGUUCUGCCACAACAACUCGUAUCCAGUUCUGAGUGAAGCACAUAAGUGCAAGGUAAUCGACCAGUUCAAAGAGUAUAUAGAGAAGCAAUACUUGUCGGACUGUGACAAAGAUGUUUCCAUUGACUUCAUUACCCUUGCUAGCACUCGUUUGAUUCUAAUAACAUUGAAGUUGGCGGUAUGCAGGCCACAAAAGGGCCGAAUCCAGGGAAAGUCCAGGCGAGCGAACUACCUGAGUGCUUGCGAAGGAGUCCUACGGCACGCCCAAACGCUGCGACGGUAUGAAAAGGGGGAAAGAUGGCUCUGGCUUUUUCAGACAUAUGUCGAAUGGGAUGCACUAGCAUAUCUCUUGCUCAGUCUGUGUAUGGUUCCGUCAGAAGAGCCAUCCGAUGCAGCGUGGCAGGCUGUUGACGAGGCCUACCACCACUGGAGGAAUGAUCCUGACAUCUACCGAGACCGUCGCUGGAUACAUGUUGAAGAACUUCGAUCUCAAGCUUUGACCAUGCCACAGGGGACGCAACCGGACCCUUGUAUAGCAUCCGAGCGAUAUGAUCCUGGGCAUAGAAUCAGCCUAGACGAAGACCCGCCCGCUGAACACCAACGAAUAAUCAAUCCUGGGCUUACUCAGACCUGGAAUGUGGGCACUACUGCCCACACACAUUCCUCUCCCAUGGCAGAGGUUCGAGGAACAGAGCCCAAUGCCAGUACUGCUGGCCCAUCCUCCCCAGCAUGGGUACUCGUCAAUGCGGCGGCAACAGCUGCUGCCCACUCAGUAACAGAGGAUGUGCCUUCAAGCACUGCAGAAUGGCCGGGCGCAGGUACUAUCUGCGAGUGGAGUGCUGCGCUAUUCGGACAGUACUGGGAGAUGGCUGAACCUAGACAAGGCCCUUCAGCAUCAUGGCUAUAG